AUGCUGGACGAAUCGGAUAGCGAGUACAUUCGAUUUGAUUCCCGAUUGGCCGUAUUGUUGGCCCAUGGCCAAGUUCAGGAAAUGCAUGACUUUCGUUACUACGGCAAUACCACCGCCAUGCCGUCCGCGUUGCCGACGGUACACGACCACAAUUACAACCUCAUUCCCGUUGGAGCACAAGCCUUUGGAUGGUUUCUAUCUGCGGCUCUCAUGACAAUGAGUCUCGGAUGGAUCGUAUGGGUACAACAACAUCAAACAGCCGUCAUUGUACAGGCCAGUCAGCCCGUGUUCCUCUAUCAAGUCUGUGUGGGGACGUGGCUCAUGGCGGCCGCUAUCAUCCACAUGGGCUUUCAGGGGACGGAACCCACAAUGGGGUUGAAUACGGCGUGCAUGUUCAUUCCAUGGUUGGUCUUUGUGGGAUUUGUUGUGUCACUGUCGGCACUCUUCAGCAAGGCGUGGCGACUGAACCAGAUUGUCAAAUCGGGGGUACAAAUGCGACGAGUACAGGUUCAGGUGGUCGAUGUCAUUUGGCCCUUUGUCUUGCUCAUGACCAUCAAUGUCACGCUACUCACGGCCUGGACCAUUGUAGCGCCAUUGGAAUAUAUCCGCGAAAAUGAUCCUCACAAUGUCGACAUGUUCGGACGACACGUGGAAUCUUUUGGAGCCUGCAAAGUCAAUCCGGACAAUUCCGUGAGUCCGCUGUGGUUUCAAAUACCCAUCUUCUUGGUGAACGUUGCGACCUUGGGCAUUGCCACGUAUCAAAGUUACAAGUCACGGCAUUUACCCACAGAGUUUUCCGAAUCGAGCUACUUGGCCAUUAGCAUGGCCAGUUUGCUGGAGUCAUUGUUACUGGGUGGACCCAUCCUGUUUGUAACCUUGGACAAUCCAACAGCCUUCUUUGUGGUGGGAUCCGGUCUCUUGGCUGUUUGUUGCCUCUGCAUCUUGCUGCCAGUGUUCAUCCCCAAGUUCCAGAAACGGAAUGAAGCCAGUCUCGCCACCACCCUAAGGGACUCUAUCGUCAGUGCUUCCAUGAGAAAGAUGUCGUCUGCGCGCGGUGGCCUCGACAGCAGCCUUCGAAGCAGUCACGGCUUUAACGCAACCAGUUCCAGCAACUUUAGUCGGGAAUUUCAACAACAUCCACAUCAAUACUCUCCGCCACCGAGUCACGGCACCCGAUCUGCUCCUGUGAGUGCGGACAGUUGGAACGUUACAACCUCUCAGUUCAGUGACGACGCACAGAGCCACGAUAGCGACAUUGACAUUUCGGAUACUCCCAAGAAGAGGGAGCCGUGGGGACGGAUGAGCAUUAAGCGUACCGCGAGUGACAAGCCCGUGACCGCCACCAGCAACGGGAGUUCGGAGAAGAAUCGCACAUCAUCAAACCAGAGCAAUCGUGGAAGUCGUGCACCCUCGACUCUGGUGAGUCGAAGUCAGUGCAGCAGCAUGCCGGAGAUCAUGGAGGAGGAUGAAAUACGCGACGACAAUGUGUAA